UUGUAUCUUUAUAACACGCCUGCUGUCCGACACCGUGUGACGUCCUCCUAGAGUGUGGCGUAAAUAUUAGGAAAGGUUGAGAAGGCAACAAUGGGACUGUGUAUGUUUCAGACUGGCUGGCUAGGUUAGCUAGCCAGGAGCCUGGGCAGUCAGCUGGCACACUGACUGGCAACAUACAGGUUUAUAGCUACUGUACUGCUCUCCUGCAUUGGCUGUGUAUCUACUGUAAAGCUCCUAUCAAAGGCUUAAAUCUCUCUGAUACUCAACUAUGUUUUAGUUUAGUGAAAAGAGUCAUAAAUUCUCGAUUAGAGCUGAUGAUAACUGUACAAACUGGGCUUAUGUUGUGUUUUGUUCAGCUGGUUAGCUAGUUUAUAUUGUGCAACGUGACGGCCACCAGUGUGGAUUAAGCUGCGCUGCAUUUGCCUGCUAAAGUAUCAUCGUCAUCAUCAUCAUCACGCUCGUAUGUUCACUCAUUAAAAAUGUCAUCAACAAUGAUGCAGGUAGUUUUGCGCCUCAUCUCAAGCAAAAUCGUAAGUGAUUCUCCAAUAAAAAGCUAGUUGCGGAUGAAAGUUACAAGUUAGGUUAUUUUAUACUGCUUGCUACCUUCAAAGUUGUCUCCCCCUGGCUAGUGUCCGAUAUAAUCAUGAAAGCGUGCAACCAUUUGCCAAGAUGUAGAACCUCGGCCGUCUCCACUCGACUGUACAGAUGCUGUGCGCCCUCCUUGCUCUCCAGGCGCGUCUGCAAAUGGCACCUCUUAAACAUAACGCCACGGGGAAGUGUUUCCACCUGCAAAAGCAAGUGUUAAAGGUGAUAACAAAAGGUUGACGUCACCGGGCUCAUCCUGAUCCUGCCGCACAACCUCGACCGCUGAGGAGGUGGAGGAGGAGGAGUGCAGGAGGAGUAGUUUCAGAGGACGAGAGCAGCUUCUUUUUUUAAUGCUAGGACGUCUAAUGGUUCGUGUCUGGAAGGAAAAGGUCUAUCUCUGAUCAAAUUUCGGGUAUCCUAAGGGCGCACUUAACUAAUGGGAUCCUAUCGACGUUUCUCCCCCUCCGAGCCCAAUCUUUACACGGCGGAAUGUUAAUGUUGCCACAGCCUGUCCGUGUUGUCUUUGGCUGCUCUGGUUUUAUUGCUGUAAUCGGUCUGCAAUGUCAUGGAGCUUGUGACGGAUUUGAUUAAAAGGCAACUCUUCUGUUCUAUGACUCGCCGGACUAUGGAAGUUAUCUGCUUUGCGCUUCACAUGUGUGAGGAGAAGUGUGUGUCCCAUGUUGCAUUAGUGUCUGUGUGAAAUGCUGGCCUGUCUGCCAGGGCCAGGUGACCUCCCCCUCCAGCUUCUCCCCCACACGCAGAUGAACACUGGACUUCAGAAAUGUGAAACCUCUCCUCAUCAUGUCUGUGUGCUCCUGUGGGACACCACACAAAGGAUGAGAUCCGCUCCAUUUCCAACCCCUGCAGAAUUGGAUGCAUAUGCUAAGAAGGUUGCCAACAACCCCCUCACCAUUAAGAUCUUCCCCAACAGCGUCAAGGUCCCCCAGAGGAACCACGUGCGCCGUACUGUCAACGGGCUGGAUACGUCAGGCCAGCGCUACAGCCCUUACCCUUCCUCUCAGGCCAGUGCCAAGACAGGCCUCCUCGCCAUCGUCAAGGUGCCCACUGUCAAAGGCAUCCUAAAAGAUUUUGACGGCAGCCGGGCUCGCUUGCAUCCUGACGUCAUCAUGAACCCCCCUACGGGACCCUAUCAGGUGGCUUCAACCAGCACUUUAAACCACCAGGUGCAGAACCUUCCCCGGCCCCAGCAGAGCUUACCCCUUCCACCGCAGGACCCCCCUCAGACUGUGCAUAUACCCCUUCCUCAGCAGCAGGUGCACACCCAGAGUCUCAGACAGCCUCCCCCAAUGGCCCAGCACCCUCAGGGCCCAGCCAGACUCCAGACUCAGUCCCAGCACCCAGCUCUCGGGCACCCACAGGGGCCACCUACUGUCAUGCUCCAGCAGCAGCACCUUCAGCAGCAGCAGCAGCAGCAGCCUCCACCUGGCCUGCAGGGAAGCAGAAAGCUUCCCGAUGGCGAUGCACCACCUAAUGUUACUGUCUCUACCUCAACCAUUCCACUCUCUAUGGCUGCUGGUCUGAACCAGGGCCGCCAAGCUGACCUGAACACCAUCGUACAUCAGAUCAACCAAUUCUGCCAAGCUCGGGCCCAGGGUUCAGGAACCACCUCCAUGUGUGAGGGCCAGAUCGCCAACCCCAGCCCCAUCAGUCGCAACCUGCUUAUCAGCGCUUGUUCUAGGGUUUCCAUGCACAGUAACCCUGCCACCCCUGGCUUCCCCCCACCCAACUGCAUCAUUGGCUCUCAAGAAAAAGCCACAGCCCCAGUGGGAGCUCACCCUCCACCCAGUGUGGCUGCUAUGAACCACUUGCCUUCCAACCACACUGAUCUCAAGCAGCAGCACCAACUGCAGCAGCACCAACUGCACCCACAUCAAAAUCAGCAGCAGCAGCAACUACAACAUACCACGCAGCAGCAGCAGCAGAAGAUGUGCUCUUGGAAUCAGCAUCAGUUGGCUCAUGUGCCCCACAUUCAGAAUGGGGGGAGCCACCUCUGCAAGCAGCCUUCCAGGGACGCCACCUUCCAUUUUAAGGGCAUGGGCUACCCUGCAGAGGUGUGCGUGGGUCAGCCUUACUCACUAAAACCUCCCGUAGAGAGGCCCACCCCCUCCCCACCUGUUAACAACAAUGGCAUGCCCGUCCCCAUGGCCCACUACACUAACAGUCACUACUUCCAGUCGCACAUUUGGAACAGCAGCAUCCUACCCACACCCAACAGUGACAGCUCUGGGUCUCAGGACAUAGCCAUGCCAUUCCACGGUGCAGGCCCAGGAGGGUGCACCACUCUAGACUGUGCCCCCCCUGGGGCUCCCCAUUACCGGCUAGGAUCAAGCUCCUCCUCCUCCUCCUCGUCCGCCCAGACUAAUCUGAUGCAAACAGCAGAUUACUUGGGUGGGGACUUCCAGACGCCCUAUUUCCGCGAUCAGAAUCUAGGGUUGAUGGGCAAGAUGCACAGGCCCCCUCUGAGCAGGGUAGGUCCAGAGGUUGGGGAUGGCAGAACCGCUCUCAUCCAGCACCCAGGGUACAGAUAAGCUAUGGCCUUGUCUCCACAACUGUUAUCAGCACCCUUUGUUUAGUCUUAAGAAAGGAAACACGUGAAUAAAACUCAACUCAUAACUUAAGCAAAUGACUGCUAAUGUUAAAGAGGGUAAAUUAAUAUAUUUAAUGAAGAUCAGUAGUUUUUUUGUUUGUUUGUUUAAUCUUGCAAGUGAUCAAUUGCUAAUUUUAGGUUUAAUGAGGGCUUCUACCUGGCACUUCAUACUGUUUAUUACCUGCUUUUUUUCCUUGAUGAUACUUGUGAAUCUGCGUGCCUGGAUCUCAAGUGAUCCUGUGUCAUUUCUACUUCAGACCUGCCACUAAAGUUUCCUUAUGCAUGCUCCUUAUGCAAAAGAAAAACAGAUCUACUGAUAGAUUUUUAUUUUUUUUUUCUUCCUGUAACAGGACCAUGUCAGGAAAUUUUUUUGGCUCCGACUAGUUUCAUUAAACUCGUUUUCAUUUCGAUGAUUAAACGCAGUCACUUCAGGACAAAAGAGAGAGCGAUGACCGUGUUUCGAUGCAAAGUCAUCAGUUAGUGAAGUCUAACAGAGUCCAGCUGGGACCUGUUCCAGAAAGCAGGUUUAGUUAGUUUGAGUUGAUGAGGUUCAGUUUCUUUUUGUUGCAGCUGGAUCAGUCAGCUUAGGUAAUAUUAAAAAAAAAAAAAAAAAGCAGUCAUCAGUGGAGCCCCGAUACCAACAUUCACUGACAACGGGUAAAUAAAGAGCAAAUCUUCCACCUUAAAUGGAAAUAUGAAUGUGUGUCAAUCUGUCACAUUUUUCUUUUCUUUUUUUUUGUUUUUUUUUGUUUGAAGUUACAUUUUAUUCAGCAUUGCAAUAAUUUAUUCAGCUUGAAUUUUACUUAUUUUUUUUAAUGGAAGUUGGAAUCCUACCUUUUUUUGGCUAAAAUAUCUGAAUAGAACAUGGUUGCAACCUGAAGGCUGAAAUACAGGCGAAAGCAGCGGAAUAUUGGAGUAUGGAUCAAACAGAUAUGACGGCAUUUAAUUACUGUAACGUCAAAGUCUGUUGUAAUGAUUUGCGUGAUUUGUAGUAAAAAACUGACUGUACCUUUUAAGACAGCUUUGUUACAUUCACUCAGUAGCAUAUAUUGACCUCAGCAUGUGUGCAUAUUUCACAUGCUAUGGGAACACUUUUGGACUGUCUGCAGUCUGUACUCACAGACUCACUCUGAACUACAUGUAGCUUGGUUUAAGAAGCUGGUUUCAGCAGGUACGCAAUCAUCCUCCCUCAGUCAUCUUCACCAUGUUAUGCCGCUGUGAUAAAAUAGGAUAUAUCAUGAGAUAUGAUAUAAUACUUGAAGUAUGUAAGUUAAAAAUGAUAGUAUAACCAACAAACAUGACAAGCUUCAUGCAGAGGAUUUUUUUUUUUUUUUUUUUUUAAUUUGUUAAUUUAAAUAGGGAUUGUGCCAGUAUGCAGUUUAGUGUCGAGAAACUGGUUAAGAACCUGACAGCUGCCUUCCUGUCUACAGAGUUAUAAAGGAAGACAGUGUAGCAUGCAGUAGAUUUUAUUCAGAUUUAAUCUUCCAUGUCCACGGAUCGCUGUAUGUCCAGAUCGAUAGUCUUGAAAGGAAGAAAGUCCUCGGACAACAAAGUCAAUAUUCAACCAGAAAGUAACCUAACUCUCAACUCUGCAUUCACUGGUGGAUAAAAGGAGGUUAAAGAGAACCUGCAGGUUAGAGUCACAGAGUCGGUUAUGCCAACUGACUGACCCAGAGUUCCUCAUGUCAAAGUUAACAAACCUCAAACUUUGGCUAAAUCUGCUUUCUGGAAUAGGCCUCAGGCAAAGCUUGCAGUAUGCACACGUUCACAGAGGGUUUCUCCUUCUUUUUAAAUGUCAUUAUUUGUAUAAUAGGAUUCUUCAAGAUCGAUACCUCUCCGUCACUUAAGGAAGUGUGUAAUCAGGUUGUUUGUACAUAUUUAAGUUCCAAGAGGGAGCAAACAAGUUGAAAAAACUUUGAUGCUCGGUCCUGCUUCACAUGCUGCAAUGAAUUCAGGUGUUUAAAAAGAAAAAAAAAAAAGAAAUAACAGACUGCGUCAGUGCCACAUUUGGCAGCGAGAUUGUGAAAUGUUUGUGACAAGGAAGGUUGUGAUUAAAUUUACUCCUACCUUUUUAAAGGCGGCCAAAGUCAGGUUAACAAGGACACACUGUUAGGAAGCAGUGCCAUUUUUAAUGUUCGUGUCCUUUUCAGAUCAUCUUUGUAUCCAUGACAAAUGCGUUUACUUGAAUGUUUGAGAUGAUUCGUUUUGCAGGUAUUGAAAGGCACGGACAAAAGUCUCUGAAGUAGAAGAAAUCCGUGUCAGUUCCCCAUAGGAACUCACUACACGCCUAGCUAGAUUUGUGGUCCCAACAAUGGACACCUCAGCGAACUAAAUUACGUGUUGUUGCUACUGAUGCUGAACUGAAAAGACCAAAUUGAUCACUUGCAAGAUCACUCGGAGGUAAACAAAGCCCGACUUUUAAGUGAAACAGCAAAUGCAUUGUUUAUUUUAUUGUACACUGGCUUACCUACUAGACUACUGUAACUUUAAAGUUUAAUGAUUGUGUGUGAAUGCUGCCUGUGUGUGUGUGUGUGUGUGUGUGUGUGUGUGUGUGUGUGUGUGUGUGUGUGUGUGUGUGUGUGUGUGUGUGUGUGUGUGUGUGUGUGUGUGUGUGUGUGUGUGUGUGUGUGUGUGUGUGUGUGUGUGUGUGUGUGUGUGUGUGUGUGUGUGUGUGUGUGUGAGAUAUAUAACGCAAUGGCACCCAUGUUUUGUUCUCCUAACCCCCUAACGACCCUUAAAAAGCCUUAAGUGUUUGGUCCUUGGACUUUCCUUUGAAAAUGAGCAUGGUUUAAUGAAAACCCCAAAUAAGAAGGAAGAGGCAAUGGUAAGGAUACACAGAAACAGCAAUUUUGUUUUGCUUUUCUUUUUUUUUUCUUUUGACUUUUUACUUUAAUGAAGUUUUGUUGAAUAGGCAGAGCAAUUCCUUAGAUAUUCUUUAUUAUGUAAAGUGAGGAAAAUGAGUAAUAUUUUGUAACUAUAUAUUUUUAGCAAUGUGUAGUUUCUGAGCUGUAACAUUUUUUUUUUCUUCUCCCUCCCCUCCCCACAAAGUUUCAAAGCUUCAGUUUGCAGUUGUGACUAUUUAUAAUACUUGAUUUGCUUGUUAUUUAAAAAUUUAUUUUCUUUCUUUAUUUCUUGUACUGUUGCUGUGAAAUGGAAGAAGGUCCACGAGCCUUUCUUUACUGUCAUUCUGUACGACAGAUAAGAGGCAAGAGCGUGAGAGUUGUGCUACUCUUUUUGUAAUAUUGUAAUAAUAAAAUAAAGUUCUAAUUUAUGCUUUGAACUCA